AUGUAAAUCUUCUCAUUGCUAGCCCUCCUCUGUCUUCUAACCACAAUUAAGGCAGCUUGCGAACUUGUAAAUGGUGCAUGUCCAUCAGCAUGUAAUUUGGUCUAAGGAGAAUGUGUUUCCUAAAACUGUUUAGAUUUUACUGCUAAAUUGGGUGACUCUUCAACCAACCCAUUCAAAGGUACAACAGCUUACAUCGAUGGCACUGUUGAUCUAAAUAUAACCAUAACUUAUACAGAUCCUAAAUUUACAGAUACCACAUUAAAGGGAAUUACCAAAGGAGAAAAUACAGAAUCAUGUUUAUCCUUGAAACUCUACAAUUAUGAAGACAGCACAAAUCUUAUAAGAACAGAAUCCAGUUACACAAUCAAUUACAUUAAUGAUGGUUCAAGCACUAGAGCUUAUUAAUUCACAAUUCCAAGCAAAGAUUUCGUUAAACAACUCAUAUUAUCAGACAAUGGAACCAGUUUUGUAUUCCAUGGAUACUAUAGUUUGGAUUUCAUUAUUGGAUCAAGUUUGUAAAGAGUUCUUUAUUUUGACUUCCUUGCAGGAAUAGAUAGAACAUCAACAGACAAUUUAGAUACUAGUUUUGGAAGUUUAAGUUAAAAAGUAUAGCUUGAUUGCUCAGGAGAUUGUUAAGCAACAGUUACAAGUUCACUCCAAUUCUGCGCUGAUGAAGCAUGUACUCAAGUAACUGAUAAGGCUGACUUAUAUUUGAAUGAUGAAAUAUGGUUAAAACAUAGUUUAACUAAAUCAGGAACAGAAGUUUAUUACUUAACUAAUCCUGAGAUCUAUUUUACAGGAGAUAAACUUUUCAAAAAGGCAACUAUCUAAUAAUCAAAGCUUAACUAGAAAGGAUAUGCUUUGUAUUUGAUUAAAGUUGAAAUUGCAUGGAGAAAUGUAGCAAUAGUAGCAAAAGCAACCUUAUCUUUAACACCAACUUUAAGAAUAUUGGAUGAAUAAUCCAGAUUAUUAUAAUAGACCUCAUAAAAAGCUUAAGGGCUUACUUCAUAAUUAGACUGUGUGAAAGAUAAGGAUUCUGAUACAUGCAUUGAAUGUGAUGAAUCAUUACCUGUUGAUAAUUAUAAUGAACCUUAAGGUGAUGGAUGUCCUACGAUGGGUGACAGUAUUUUGAUCUUCUUAAGUAUGAUUUUGGUGGCUUUAUUCAUUUGAU